GAGAGGGAGAGGUACACAGUAAAGAGGGAGCGAGAGAGAGAGAGGGCGAGAGAGAUAGAGCUAGAGAGAGAGAGGGUACACAGCACAGAGGGAGAGUGCGAAGACGCGAGCCUCAGAAACAAGUUGGGGGAGACGCGGAGAGGAUCGAACCAGCGGAGACACUCACAACACAACACGGGACUUCGUUGCUCGGCGCACGGGGGACUCCGUCACGGGGGCGUCCGUGAGCUGCCUCCCGCCGCUGCGCUCCGCUGCUGCCCGGCAUGCUCUGUGCCCCCGGCGGCGGCUCCUUCCUUCUUCUGCGGUCCACGAACCAGUCCCCGCGGCGUCCCCACGGCCACUGAAGCCCAGAUGCUCGCCCUCUCCGCCGACAUGGACGAGUCCUCGUCGCUGCUGGAUCUGCUGGAGUGCUCGGUGUGCCUGGAGCGCCUGGACACCACGGCCAAGGUGCUGCCGUGCCAGCACACCUUCUGCCGCCGCUGCCUGGAGAACAUCGUCAGCUCGCGGAACGAGCUCCGCUGCCCGGAGUGCCGCAUCCUGGUGGACUGCGGGGUGGACGACCUGCCCGCCAACAUCCUGCUGGUCCGCCUGCUGGACGGCAUCAAGCAGCGGCCGCAGCGAGGCAGCAUCAGCGGGGGAGGAGGAGGAGUGGGAGCCGGCGGCAGGCAGUCCUUGGCCGGCGGCUCCCUGCAGGGAUACGCAGCCGGGCUGUCCGCUUCCCCUCCGGGCAUUGCGAUCCGAGAGCUGCCUGUAGCCACCCGGAGCUCCCCAGUGAAGAAUAUCCCGGCGCUGCCCUGCGGGAAGGCCCUCUACUCCUACGAGGGAAAAGAACCAGGUGACCUCCAGUUUUCCAAGGGCGACAUCAUCAUCCUGCGACGCAAGGUGGACGACAACUGGUACCACGGCGAGCUCAACGGCUGCCACGGUUUCUUGCCCGCCAGUUACAUCCAGUUGUUGCGUCCCCUGAGCCAGACUCCACCCCAGGGCAAAGCGCUGUACGACUUUGAGGUGAAAGACAAAGACCAGGAUAAAGACUGUCUGGCCUUCAGCAAGGACGAGGUACUGACAGUAAUCAGGCGAGUGGACGAGAACUGGGCAGAGGGCAUGCUGGGAGACAAGAUCGGCAUCUUCCCAAUUCUCUACGUGGAGCUAAACGAAACGGCCAAGCAGUUGAUGGAGAUCGACAAACCGACGCCAACGAACGCUCCAGGCCCGAGCUCCGAACCCGCCCCGUUGGGCCCCUGCUCUCCCGGCCCCUCCCCCAGUGCCUCCCCGUCAAAUGGGAACGGCUCUGGCCAUCGGCGAGGCGAGGGAAAGAAAAACGCCAAGAAGCGACACUCGUUUUCGGCCCUGUCCGUCAGCCAAAGGGCCGCCCAGCUCAACAACAGGCACAGCAUGGAGAUCUCCCACCCGGUGCUCAUCAGCUCCUCUGACCCCAGAGCUGCUGCACGCAUCCAGGAUGCUUCCCCCCCUGGUCCCUCUCCCUCCUCGACGGGGGUCCUGGUGCCCCCCAAAGUGGCAUCCAUCACCUCGGAGCUGCUGGCCCAUGCCAAGGUGCAGCUGCCCCUCAACAUAUAUCUGGCUCUGUACGCCUACAAGCCCCAGAAGGCUGACGAGCUUGAACUUAGGAAAGGGGAGAUGUAUCGGGUGACGGAGAAGUGUCAAGACGGAUGGUUCAAAGGCACCUCGCUGAGAACAGCUGCCUCCGGUGUCUUCCCAGGAAACUAUGUCACCCCCGUGUCCAGGGCUCCAUUCGGAGUGGGUGCUACUCGCAGCUGUCUGUCCAGUCCAGUCGGUGGGUGUAGUCAGGUGGGGAGCAAAGUCCCUGACCCUUCGUCUCCGGGGUCCCCGGGGCCCUCUUUGCCCCGUCCCUCCACCCCACUGGUAAACUCAGCCAACUCUAUUAACGCCGUCAGUCCCGCCUCCUCGCCCCAAUCUGCCGCCGCCCAGCUGAAGAACUGCCUGCGCUCGAGCCAACACACAAACCAGGCACGCACCUCAAUGCAGCUGGUCCACAGUCCCCCUGCCGGAAGCCCAGAGCGCCCCACGGUGGCCCUGUCUCCCCUGCGUACUCAGAGCUCCUCCCCAUCGCGGGGCCCCGGCCAGUCAGGUCGUCCCCUCUCCAUGGUGUCUCCGGGACCCAGCUUAGGGCCCUCGCCCCUCUCCUCCCCAGCCUCUCGGCCCCUCCUCCCGCUCUCGUCCCCCCUCUCGUGUCUCACGCCUCCCAACGUGUCGGCGGUGCUCCUCAACGGCGAGUCGGCCAUUCCGCUACAGCCGCCGUUCCCGGGCCCCUCCCACGCCCCCGCCCACGGCGUCCUCGCAUCCAAACCAGAGAAGAAGGAGAGGAAAGCGGGAGGUUUAUUGAAGCUUCUAUCGGGGGCGGCGUCCAAAAAGAAACCUCGCUCGCCUCCCUCCUCCCCGCCCACCCACAACCCCGUGGGGACGGACCCCGCGCACCAUCCUCACCACCACCACCCUCACGCCCGCUCAGGCUCCUGCCCGAUGGCGUCGCACGGGCGAGCCGGCUCCUGUCCGAUUGAGAGCGACAUGGCCGGGGCGAUAGGCCUGGAGCCGCUGCACAGGAAGUCCGGGUCCCUGGAUACCAACUUCCCCUUGUCACCCCCCGCAACCCCCCGCACCGCUGGGAACCCUCUGUUGAUGCUGCGGCCCGAACCCAAACCCCUGUCCAGAGAGAGGUUUCGCGUGGUGGUGCCCUACCCCCCGCAGAGCGAGGCGGAGAUCGAGCUGCGGGAAGGAGACGUGGUGUUCGUCCAUAAGAAGCGGGAGGACGGCUGGUACAAAGGGACGCUGCAGAGGACGGGGCAGACCGGUCUGUUUCCCAGCAGCUUCGUCGAGAGCUUCUGAACUGGAAAGAGUGGACAAAAGAACACACACACACACACACACUGUUCCUGUGUCUGAGUCACACAACACCCACACAAACAUGCUUCUAGGUCACACAAAUGCAGACACACACACAAGGGUUGGGCCAAUUUUGGUAUUGGAUUAAAUGUGGAUACAUUUCUUAGAUUUGUGGGUUUUAAAAAGCUUUUCCAAGAAUAAUUUGUCACUAAAAAAUUGACCUUAAAACGAAAACAUAUUUAAUACUGUCACAAAGCAACAUUAAUAUUAUUGAAAAUAACAAUAAUAUCUUUAUUUAAUUAAACACACAAGUAAAAACACAUAAUUAUAACAAAAACACAAUCAUAUAGCAUAAAAGAAUAUAAAGCUUGAAUGUGUGACAGACAUGUGUGACCAGCCAAGCUUUGAUUCAAAGGAAGCUACUGACUCAGCCGGCCUACUAGUCUGAAGAAACCCAUAUCGGUCCAACCUGCUUUCAAACACACACACACACACACACACAGACACACACACAGACUCACACACAGGAAAGUUAGCUCCAGCUUCGACCAGCCCGGCCACACAGGAAGCUGGGCGGCUUUUCCAGACGUUCUGGUCCUCCUCCACCUGACUACUGAAGGCACACCGACUCCAAGAGCACAGAAAGACUAAAGUCCGCCUCCCAGCCCCCCCUCCCCCCCUCCCCGGCAUCAUCCACCAGCAAACACUAGCACAAAAAAGGCAUUAGCUCUGCUUUUCCGCUGAGACCUCACAACUUGAUUUUCGGGUGCUGUCUUUGUUUUUUCGAAGCUUUUGGAAAACCUUAGCGCCAGUUGACGAGGGGAAGCGUGUGAGCCCCCCC